UUCAAACUCAAUAUCACGACUAAACAUAGACGUAUAAUAUUAUAUUACCUACUUAAUAUUUAUUGCGUGGUUGGCCGUUCGUUGGCGCGAUAGACGUGAUGCAGCAACCCGAGCGUUUCGUUCUGACGCCGUUUCAAAAGUUUUGCAUCAGAUGGAGCGUGCUUUUUGACUCGUCCUCGGACCGCCUGUCCAGGAUUGAAACGGUGCUCAGGUCCGUUCAAUUUUCGACGAUAAUGAUCACGUCAGGGAUGACCAUGACUUCGGUGCUGAUCGCCGACAACAAAAAAGCGCUCGAAUCAUUCACGUACUUCGUGAUAUGCGUGUUCAUGUUGGCCAUCAUCACGUUCGCCAUCCGGACGAAACGUUUUAACCGCACCAUGCUGCUAAUGGUCGUCAACGAGUUCCCCAGCUACGAAAGGCCCAUGCCGGAUGAGCUCAAGCGCAAGAUGUCGGCAAUACGCACGUCGUACGGCGAAUUCACAAUGAAGGUAAUGGCCUCGUAUCUCACACUGGUCUUGUUCGAAAUACCGGCCACGGCUAUGGUGCCGCUGACAGCCGCCAGUCUCACCGACGUUAAGUUAGGUUCACAGAGCACGCAAAUGGUGGUCCUAUGGUUCCCGGGUGACACGAGUCAGAUCGGGAUGUAUGCGGUUUCGUUUGUGAUACAGUUUUUGAUCGUCAUGACCGUAAAGUUCAUCAUAACCGGCAUCAUGUGUUCGUUUACGUUUUUCGUCAGCCAAAUGAUAUCCGAGUUCCAGAUAUUGUCCGCCUACAUCGAACACGCGGUCGAGAUCGUCGAGUACGAUCAGUCCACCGACAAGACCACCGAACAGAAGCUCUUGGAUCACGUGAAGAGCUGCGUGAUGCUUCACCACCGGCUGAUUGACUUCAAAGACCAGCUGAAUGAGAGUUACGGGUACAUCAUACUGCUGGAGCUCAUGUUCAGCACGCUCUACUUCUGUCUGUCGGCGUUCAACAUGAUAUUCGUGGGCAACCGGUUCGUUAUAGCCAAAGGUCUGCUGACGCUCUCCAACUACCUGUCCGAGCUGUUCAUAUUCUGCAUGUACGGCAGCAUGGUCGAGGACGCACACGUGGGCUUACUAAGGGCCUCGUACUCGGCGGCGUGGUACGCGCAGCCCGUGCGCUUCCGCCGGUCACUGAUGAUGGUCAUGUCCAGGACGCAAACGUCGUUGCAGUUGACCAUCGGCAAGGUGUUCAUAGCCAACUUGCCACUGUUCUUGUCCGUGCUCAAGGUCUCCUAUUCGGGCGUCAACGCGCUCAGGGCGGCAAACGCCAAGUAAAGUCGUUAGCUAUACUGUUAUUAUAUCGCAGAGUUGGGGAAAGGCCAACAUACACACACACGCACACAUAAAUAUUUCCGACAAAAAUCGGUUUUACAUUUUUAUUUUUUAUCCUCUCUUUACAUAUACGCUAUAUUUUACGCAUUAGAACUCUGUUCAUUAGAUUGAAUAAUCUUAUUUUCGUAUCUCCAGCUAGUAUAGAGGUUUACGCAUUGAAGACAGCUGGUGAUUUAAAUAAGGAAAAUUAUAGUGUUAAAACUUUUAUUUAUGACCCAAGAUCACAUAAAAUGGCAACGUCAUACCCACAUCAUAUAUGCAAUGCUCCACAGAAUAUAAAAUAUACGAUAAUACCGAGCAACCGUGUGUACCUACUACCUAUAUAACUUUUUGGCAUAUCGGUUUAAAAUGUAUGUCGACGCACAUCACUGCAUAUUUAACGACCAAAAAAAUACGUGUGUAUGCGAACGAUUAGAAAACAAAAUAUUUGGCGAGGAAAGAGUUUAAAUAUUAUAUCAUUUUGCUCUUAUUAUUAGAACAUAGUGAAAGAAUAAUCGUUAUCAUUCUC